GCGAUGACAAUGAAGACCAUCAUUAUCCUGGUGAUUCUUGGGAGCAAAGUGGAGGCAGCAGUCACUGAGAGAGGUUUCAGCUUUAUAAGGCUUGCAGAUCCUCCUUCCAGCCACUCUCUUACCACUGAAAGAUACGAAUCACCCAACAAGCUGGCAGUAGCAGAAAAAUCAUCAACCCUAAACCCAAGGCACUUGAAACAUUGGCUUCUGACAAUAAAAUCAGCCAGAGACAAUGAAAAAACCAGAGACAAAACCACUGCAAAGUCUUUAACCACUGGCAUCAGGACGAGCACACAGCUGAAGAUAAACUCUGAGACUGCUCAUCCAGAUAAGCGCACCCAGAUGCUGAAAAUGAUCUCAGCAUUGGAGGAGUCACACAGGACCUACAACAGCACCCUGAGCACCUGGAUCACCAUCAUGCCACGAGGAAAUGGCAGAGGUUCAGGAAGGAAAAAUAAAAUGUUAUCUGCUGCUGCAAGAACUGUGAAAACUACCACCACGCCCCCUGUUGAUAGUACAAUAUCCAGAGCCAGUGCAGAUAUCAUUGUACCCAGCCUGACUGGUCAAAACUUCAGGAAGUCCCUCCCAUCGCAGCCCAAGAAGACCAAUAAAAGAGUGUGCUUCUGGAAGUACUGCUCCCAGAACUGAUCUUUUCCAGCCAGCAUUGACUUGGUUCCUUCUUCACAUGGCUUUUCCAUCAUCUCCUGCUCCAUAUUAAACAUCUUUGGAUAAGUUAAGACUGUUACACCUCAUGUCUUACUGUUGUUUUUGGCUUUCUACUGCAGUAUAUUCACAAAUAUACAAAUAAAAGUAAGGUCAUGCGAUUUUGAUUUUAUUAUUGUUAUCUCUGUAUGCAGUAGU